ACCCCAUGGAGCCCGAACCCGAGUCAGCCUCGGUGGAGGUUCCUGCGGGGCGCGUGCUCAGUGCCCCGGAGCUCUUCGCUGCCCGUUCCAGGUCCCAGAAGCUGCCCCAGCGCUCGCAUGGCCCCAAGGACUUCCUCCCCGACGGCUCAGCGGCCCAGGCUGAGCGACUGCGAGUGUGCCGCGAGGAGCUCUGGCAGCUGCUGGCGGAGGAGCGCGUGGAGCGUCUGGGCAGUUUGGUGGCCGCCGAGUGGAGACCGGAAGAAGGCUUCGUGGAGUUGAAGUCUCCUGCGGGUAAGUUCUGGCAGACCAUGGGCUUCUCAGAGCAGGGCCGGCAGCGGCUUCACCCGGAAGAGGCCUUGUAUCUGCUGGAGUGUGGCUCUAUCCAGCUGUUCCACCAAGAUCUUCCACUAUCUAUCCAAGAGGCCUACCAGCUGCUGCUGACUGAGGACACCGUGACUUUCCUGCAGUACCAGGUCUUCAGUCACCUGAAGAGACUGGGCUAUGUGCUUCGACGAUUCCGAGCAAGCUCCAUCCUGUCCCCUUACGAGAGGCAGCUGAACUUGGAUGGCAGUGUCCUGCGCUUGGAGGAUCGGAAUGGCAAGAGGAAGAGGAGGAGCUCCAGCUCUCAGUCAAUUAAUAAGAAGCCCAAGGCCCUGGAGAACCCCCUGCAGGGGGUGGAUGGGACAUCCGAGAGCCUGGCAACCUUCAGCCCACCUCCCCGAAACCAGAACAGCCGAUGCCCAGAGGAGACAUCCCAGGAGUCAAGCCCCGUAAAGGGCCCCAUGGGCCCCUUUCAGCUUCUGGGGUCCCUGGAGCCCUGCCCUGGGCUGGCCAGGGAGGGGGUGCGGUGCAGCCAGGAGAGUGGCAAAAUGGAGAACGGGGUCAAGGGGGCUUGCAAGCCACGCUGGAACUUUGAGCAGAUCUCCUUCCCCAACAUGGCUUCAGAUAGUCGCCAUACCCUCCUGCUUGCCCCCGCCCCAGAGCUGCUCCCGGCCAACGUGGCAGGGCGGGAGACAGACGCUGAGUCCUGGUGCCAGAAGCUAAACCAGCGGAAGGAGAAGCUCUCCAGGCGGGAACGGGAGCAACAGGCAGAGGAGGCCCAGCACUUCCGGGAGGAUGUAAACUCGGAUCCCGAGGUGCAGCGCUGCUCCAGCUGGCAGGAGUACAAGCAGCUGCUGCAGAGGCGGCACUUGCAGAAGACCCAGAGCCGCCCCCCACACCUGUGGGACCAGCCUGUCACGCCCUUGCUAAGUCCCAGUCAGGCAGACUCCCCAGCCACAGUCCUUCAGCAUAUCUCUGUGCUGCAGACGACACACCUUGCUGAUGGAGGUGCGCGGCUGGUGGAGAAGUCUGGGGGCUUGGAGAUCAGCUUUGAUGUUUACCAGGCCGACGCCGUGGCCGCCUUCCGAAAGAAUAACCCUGGCAAGCCCUAUGUCCGGAUGUGCAUUAGUGGAUUUGAUGAGCCAGUCCCAGACCUCUGCACCCUCAAGCGGCUGUCCUACCAGAGCGGGGAUGUUCCUCUGAUCUUUGCCCUGGUGGAUCACGGAGACAUCUCCUUCUACAGCUUCAGGGACUUCACGCUACCCAGGGGUCUGGAGCACUGACCACGCAGCUCUGGCAGGGCCUGGGGUCUGCUCUGAGGAACCCGGACUGUCUGCUCUCAGGGACCAUCUCAGUUGCCUCCUACACCCAGACUCUGACCUGUAGCUUCAGAGGCUAGUCUGGGCCUUGGCCCUGGGUGUCUGAUGCUUGCAGGAGAGGGGAGCUUUGCCCCCGCUACCUGGCUGCUGCAGCACUUCCAUGCCCCAGGCCUGAGACUGCUGCCUUGCAGUAAAUCCCCUUGGAACUCAUGACUAGAUUUCAGAGACCAGCGAGGCGGGGCAGAAGAGAGGACUCCGUGCCUUUAAAUGAGAGGGUGCCUGCUUCUUGCGAUAAAGCCAAAGCCAUUAAAAAAU